AUGCAACGCAUUCACUCCCUCCUAAUCGCUGGUCUCUUUUUUAUCGUUUUCGCUAUUGCUAAUGAGAGAACUUUUCAGUGUGGAACCAAGGUGAAAUUUGAGGAUAUUCUGAUCAAUGAAAAGUUGAAUGAGAUGAAAAGCUAUUACAAAUCUUCAUUUCGUGCAUGUAGAUUUAAAAAGCUGUGCAUCAGAAGAAGACUUCGAAAACUAAUAUGGCGUCGAAGAAACUACACAGGAAGCUCAGACAACGCAAACUUACCAGAUUCUAUGGCGUUGUGGUUACCAAUACGGAAAUCCGGAGAAAACAGGAGUGGGUUGUUGCGGAGAAAAAGCAAUACUUAUCAAGUUGUAGCCACGUGUACAAAACGAACUUCUUGCGAGUUGUUACGCGUAACUGAAAGAAGUAGGGGGAAAAAAUCGAUUGAGACUGCAUGUCCUGAAAUUCGCUCACAAAAUAUAGUCAGGCCGUCAUUUUCAAAAUUAUUUACAUUCAAACAGGCACCUGAGGGUGCCUCCUAA